CAGCCACUUGCUGCACAGAGGAGCGGAUGCAGAGUCCAGCUCUGGUCCACCCCGGCCACAGCUCAGGCUCCGACUCAGACUCAGGACGAGCGCAGAGGAUGGAUUUCUAUCACUUCUCUUUUCUUUGCGGGGCUCUUGUGUUCGUGUGGGGCAUGCCCUGUUUCCAGACUCUCGUUAUUUUCCCUCCAGCUGCGCCGAAAAGCAGCAAAGCGGCGAAGAUUUUUAAUUCACAAGAAGCGUCUAAAUAUUUUAAGGAGUUUUACGCUCGACCCUCACAGGACAGAUACAACAAAGCAGCACCUAAAGACUUAAUUGAGCCGCAUGACUACAUGUUGUCUAUUUACAAGACAUUCUCCACGGCGGAGAAGCUGGGUCUCAAUGCCAGCUUUUUCCGUUCUUCAAAAGCUGCAAACACUAUUGCAAGUUUUGUGGACAGCGGACAAGAUGACCUCCCACUCUCCCCUCUGAGGAGACAACAGUAUCUGUUCGAUGUCUCAACCCUCUCAGAAAAAGCGGAGGUGCUGGGAGCCGAGCUCAGGAUUUACACAAAAGCGUCUGGGAAUUUCAGGAUAUCGGAAACAGAGCCUGUCGACAUCCAGCUCCUCUCCUGCCACGACCAGCAGCUGCUCGACUCCAAAACACUGGACCUGCAGGGUUCCCACAGGCCGAGGUGGGAGGUGCUGGACGUGUGGGAGAUAUUCAAGGAGCGACAACACCUGAGCCAGGGGAAGCACUUCUGCCUGGAGCUCAGGGCCGUGCUGGACAAUCCUGAGAGGGAGCUGGAUCUGCAUCUUCUGGGACUGCACCGACAUGGGAGGCCUCAGCAGAAGAAGGCCAUCUUAGUGGUCUUCACCAGGUCAAUGAAGAAGCAGACACUCUUCAGCGAGAGGAGGGAGGGGAGAGCCUUACUGGGCCUCGAGAAAAGCCCCAAAGAGAGGGGCCCUGGCACUAAAGCCAGCAGGAGACGCAGGACUGCUGCAUCCAAAACCCGCCAUGGGAAGCGACAUGGCAGGAAGUCAAAAUCCAGGUGCAGCAAGAAACCCCUGCAUGUGAACUUCAGAGAUCUGGGCUGGGACGACUGGAUCAUCGCCCCGCUGGACUAUGAGGCGUACCACUGCGAGGGGGUGUGCGACUUCCCCCUGCGCUCCCACCUGGAGCCCACCAACCACGCCAUUAUCCAGACUCUGAUGAAUUCAAUGAACCCUAGCAACAUGCCUCCAAGCUGCUGCGCCCCAUCCAAACUCAGCCCCAUCAGCAUCCUCUACAUCGACUCAGGAAACAAUGUGGUGUACAAGCAGUACGAGGAUAUGGUGGUGGAGUCUUGUGGUUGCAGGUAGUACGCCCAGCAGGGGUCGUGGCUUACCUUGACCUCCUGGGAAUUGAACUGCAUCGCAGUCAACGUGGAGGAAAGCCUGUAUCUGAAAUAAAGAGAACUUUAGCAAGAUGGAGACAUCAACUAUAGUUGAGAAGCAUUUUUCUUUCAAUUAUGCAUCCAACACAGUCAUCUUGAUACCUCAAACAUCUCUUUCUGUCCAUCUCCUCAUCCUUUUUUUGUUUUUUUAAAGAAAAUCAAUCUAGUCACUUGAAACUCUGCAAUUACCACAGAUUUGUGGACAAAUAAAUAUGCAUCUCAUCGCCAA